AUGUUUAGGGUGAAGCGGUAUUCGCUAGCAACUGCGCUCCAGAGAAGGUGUUCAGAAUCGUCAAAGCCGGGACGAGGGAAUGUUCACAAUGAGAAAGUGUUUAUCGCUGCUGCCUUGUACGACCCUGGAGGAGACCUAGUCGGAGGAGAUUGGGGUAACGCAGUCUUGAAGCUGGUGGAGCUUCUAGGGCCAGAAAACGUUCAUUUGAGCGUGUAUGAGAACGAUGCCGAUCCUUCCGCAAAUACAGCUCUUGAUACCUUCCGAGACAAACUUAGUUGCAAUAUCUCUCUCACUUCAGAGCAUCUUCCCCUUGGAGAUAUUCCCCGCGUCACGAUACCAACUGGUGAGAGGCGAAUGAAACGUAUCGCGUUUCUUGCAGAGGUCAGAAAUCGAGCACUACGCCCGCUCAUAGCUACAGCCAGUCCUUCAGUACAUUAUGACAGGCUUCUGUUUGUCAACGACGUAGUAUUCAAUCCAAUCGACGCUGUCCAUCUACUAUUCUCUACAAACAUUGACACGUCUGGCCGCGCGCAAUACGGUGCGGUGUGCGCAGUGGACUUUAUCAAUGCCUUCAAAUUCUAUGAUCGGUUUGCGACUAGAGAUUUUGAAGGAUAUGCGAUGGGGAUACCUUUUUUCCCAUGGUUUACUGACGCUGGCGAUGGAAUAAGUAGGCAGGAUGUUUUGGACCAAAAGGAUGCAGUUCGAGUGCGUGCCUGUUGGGGAGGUAUGACAGCCUUUGAAGCGAAAUGGUUCCUAGAGACCCAACCCCGGAGAAACUCUCCUGGUGAACCAGACCAGAACCCUUCAGCCGACCUCAAUGUAUCACCACUCCGCUUCCGCUACGAAAAAGACCCUUUCUGGGACGCGUCUGAAUGCUGCCUUAUUCAGGCAGAUCUCACUUAUCUUCGGCAUGGCCGCAAUAUUACGACAGAAUCUGGUAUCUUCACCAAUCCCUUCAUCCGCGUUGCUUAUGAUUCGCGAACUCUUAGCUGGCUUCCUUUCACGCGUCGAGCGGAACGUCUAUACUCCUUUGUGCACAACGCACUCAACCAUCUGAUCGGCAUGCCUUAUCGAAAUCCACGGAGACUAGAACACCCUGGGGACGAGGUGGUUGAGAAAGUCUGGAGAUGGGAUACUACAGGGAAGGGACCUGCGCAGGAUGAAUCCGAUAGCAGUCUCACCGGAUCAUACCAUGAUGUUAAGCGGGUGGCUGGUCCUGGACGCUUCUGUGGAAGUAGGGCGCUACUGGUAUUGAACGAAGAUCCCAAACCAGGGGAGAAGAAGUGGAAGAGCGUUCCACUUCCUGCACCACCUAAAUGAGAGCCUUCCUAUGGACAUGCAGUGUCUGAUGUGGAC